CGGACAGAGAGAGCAGCGUCCUCCUCACAGAGACACCAACAGACGAGUCCGUCCACCUGCUGCAGAAUCAUCAGAGAACCUCCUGAACAGCCUUCGUCCUCCUCAUCCUCCAUCAGAGCUGCCAAAGGUUUCUGUCAGCUGAUUGGCUCCCUCCCUACAAAAUGCUCCGCCCCCUGCUCUGCCUGUCUGCUCUCAUUGCACUCACAGGUGCUGAGACAUUCACUGGUUCUUCAGAGGUGGACAUCAGCUCAUGUCCCAUCACGUAUUAUGGACAGAAGUAUGAUCGGCUCUAUGUGAACCUGACAGGUGGAAGUGUUACCGUCUGUUUCACCGGCUUUUUCAGCCCUGAAACUGGAGGCGACUGUAUUGUGGAGCGUUCACAUGGAGCAGACUCAUUUUUCAUCCUGAUAACUGCAGGAGAUCUUGUAGACGAAAAUCUGAUUCGUGGAAAUUUACCAACCAUUCAGAGCCCUUUGGAGUGCUUUGUUCAGAUCAGUUUGCUCAGCUCUGGUGCUUCACAGAAUUUUGUCAAUCUGUAUAACUUGGGGACACAAGCAGCUCUGCUGGGGGUCAAAGUAAUCUCUGAUUCAGUGGUGUAUGAGCUUCAGGUUAAUGGUGCCACAGUCAAUGAAGUGAAUCUUGCUGUCAGUUAUGGGUUUUAUUACGUAGACAUCAGUGGAUGCAGAUAUUCAGGUAAAAUGUAUAACUCUAGCACGGUGAUCAGCGCUGAUCCAAAAAUCUGCUCCAGUCUCACCUGUUCUGCGACAGCAGUCCUCCACGCCGUUAGCUGUGGUCCCCUGGAGCGUUGUCAAGGCAACUACAGCUGCGUGUUAGACACCACCUGCACUGUGACUGGCCCCACUGUCAUUGACUUUCACCGCCAAGUUAACUCCAUCCAGGAUCGGUGUGCGUACUCUCUGGUCUCAACUCCAUUGGUCCCAGACUUCCAUGUUCUGGCGAACUUCCAGGAGCGGCGUCGUAAAGAUGUGAGCUUGUUGGACAGUGUGACGCUGCGUCUGGACGGGCCGGGCGUUUACAUUCACCUGGAACAAGGUGGGAGAGUUCGGCUGAACGACUCAACGCUGACCCUCAACAGCUCGGCUCGGCUGGUUCACGGUGUGGAGCUCUCUAAGGACCAAACUGGAGUCACUGCUAAGCUGUCGCUCUCCAACUUCACCGCCUCUGUCUUCUUUGACGGCUACACGGCACAGAUCCACUUUACAGGACCUGCUGCUCCAUCUCUGGAGGGUCUGUGUGGAAACUCCAGCAGGUCUCUGAGUGAACUGAGGCUCUCUGAGUACAGCUCCACCAGCUGUGAGAUCCAGUACAACGACACUGCUGACAGCACGAUCAACUGCAACAAUGUGACUGAACGCUGUAACCUCCUGAAGGAGGCGCCCUUCACCUCCUGUAACAACAACAUCAACCCACAGCCCUACAUAACCGCCUGCACCGACACUUUGUGCAAAUAUCCUGCAGUGGACGGUCUCAACUGUCAGUUCCUGAAGGCCUACGCCAGAGCCUGCAGUCUACAGAACAUCCAACCUCAGGAGGGCUGGAGGUCAAAUGCCGGCUGCUCUCCUGAGGCCUUCUGUCAGGACAGGACCUGCAGCGAUCACGAGUUCUGUGGUGAGAAGACGGUCGGUGGAGACGUUCGCUGCUUCUGUCGGCCCAUUUUUGCCUCCAAGUACAGAUCGACGGACUCUUUGGGUGAUCCAACAGUCUGCAGGGAGAACUCUGCUUCACUCACUCUGGUCGGUUGUCUCCUGGAGGACAAAGGCAUCGACUACUCUGCCUUACACCUCAACGACCCGACCUGCAGGGGUCAGAUAGACGAGCUCACCCACAUGGUGACCUUCAGCUUCAACAGCAGCAACAGCUGUGGGACGGUGAUCACGACCAACAACAGCCAAAUCACCUACAAAAACACCAUCAAGACCCAGAACAGCUCCUCUGGCAUCAUCACUCGCCAGGACCAAGUUUACAUCGACUUCUCCUGCGUCCACACUCAGCCGGACAACAAGACUGAGACCUUCAGGAUCAGAGACAGCUCUGUGAUCCAGCACAUCACAUCUGGAGCUUGGAACUACACUCUGACCAUGAAGAGCUUCUCAGACGCCGGCCGCACACAAGCUGUGGAGUCCAGCACUGAAGUGCAGCUGAACCAGAAGAUCUGGGUGGAGCUGAAGACUGAUGGGCUGGAUGGAGGUAUGGUCGCCUUGGUGACCGACUCCUGCUGGGCGACUGACCAGCCAUCACCCACCAGCAGUCUGAGAUAUGACCUGAUCAUAAACGGCUGUGCAAACCCUGCUGACCCGACUGUGGAGGUGGAGAAAAACGGAGUGGGAACCUCCACCUACUUCUCCUUCAACAUGUUCCAGUUCAGUGGGAGCUCUGGUAAUGUCUACCUGCACUGCAAACUCCACCUGUGUCCCAACCAGGCAAACAGCUGCAUCCCGACUUGUAAUGGAGCUGCUCGCAGACGCAGAUCUGCCAGAGCCACAUAUGAAGGUGAAGCCUUGAUCAGCAUGACCUGGACUCAUUAGAUGCUCUCCAUGCUGACCCGGACUGACUGACAGGCUGCCGACCUCCACGAUGAUCCCUGACUUCUGACUGGUCCUGAUCCAAAUCCUGGAUGUGUGAAAGGUUGAGCUCACUAACAGUCAGAUAUUUUAUUUUAGCCGAUGGUACCUCCUGUUUACUUUCUUCAUUGGUUGUAAUUUAAGAUGAUUUAUUUCCUGUAUGGUUGCUGUAUGGUUGCACUUAAAGUGGUGAGACAAUCAUCACCUUUACUGUUACUGAAUUCUUCAGAGAUUUUGUGUGUUCCCUCCUUCCGCUUAGAAAACACACAACAGUACAAAUCAACCCUACAAUCACGGUGACCUUCUGUGAGUUUUUCUUUCCUAUGUUGUUUUUUUUGGAGGUUGCAUUAUUGAUAACAGGUCAGCUGAACCUGAGAGUUGACGCUCUGCUCUGUCUCUUUUAUUGUUUUCCUAUUUGUUCCAAAAAGAUAAAAAAAAUAAAGGGUGUGGGUAAAAACAAA